UCAUAGGUCUAUAUCCUCAAGCACACGGCUAUGAAAAGGGUACUGACUCUCACAACACAACUUGCAUUCAAAGUUGAAAUGAAGCCAGAAACAAGAGGGGAAAACAAUUCAUCACUGCACAAAGAAUCUAGUCCCCAGACUCAACUUCUUGUCUGACAGCUGAGUUCAGCUUUCUGACAAAGGGAAAAGAAGGGAUCUCAAUGGAUCUUCUCUCCACAGACGAUGAAAACUGGUCAGUGCCAACACUCACAGACUGUCAAAUUAAGGAUUCAGACACAGUUUCUGAAUUGUCAGGGAUAGACGCCGUGUCUGAGCUCUCUGACUCCAAGGUGGACUUCGCACGAAAUGUUUCCUCUCACGGCCGAGACCCAGACGGUGUGAAUUCUUUGACGCCGGGCUGCAGAUCAUCACAGCGUUGCUCACUUAUCUCAGACCAGUCACCGAAGGAUGAUGGCGUCAGGAUUCACAGCUGUUUGGGUCCAUCAGAGUCUAAAUUACCCAUUUUACCUCAAGUCUCUCGUGCCUUUAUUUCACCCCGAUCCAUUUUCACAGGGUCUGUCUAUUUCUCUCGCUCGCAAGCAAUGUCUACACCUGAAUCCAGAUCAGACAAUUUAAUGGAGCCCUCUUUUACUGAGUCUGAACACAGUCAAUACAAAACUGUAUUUGGGUCAUUAUCAGAUAGUUUAGACAGUGAUACAGCUGUAGAACCAAUGCCAGACCUUUAUAUUUUUGAAAGUGGUACACAUGACUUCACCCUAAGUCAAGCUGCAGAUGCCAACAAGAUUACAUGUCCUGAAUACCUGCCAUCAUCACAGGCAGGUGUGGAGAAGGCGAACUGUGACGUGCACGUCCUAAUGAGUAAUUCAGCUGGCAUUGUAACACAAUGUCAUGGCAGCUCCAGUGAAGAAAGACAUAAAGAGAAUGAUGUGUCAGAUGUAAGCCAACAUGAGGAGUUACGAGCACCUGCUGUGGAUACCGGGAAGGUGGAUUCAAUGUCAGUAAACAAUGCUGGAUCAGGGAAACCAGAGGUCAAUGAUGUAACCCUCCGAAUGCGGCACAACAGCCCUAUUGAGAUCUGGUUGGACGCAUGCCAGUAUCUGACGGAUGAAGAUGCAGAAGAUUGGGAUGUUUUGGACAAGACAGGUUACUCUUUGAUGCAAGGAGAUCAUUCAGCUUCAAGUGUCCCCUUCAUUACUGCAGAAGAGAGAAAAGUGUCGGAUUACAACCCUAUUAGUAGCAAGGGGAUUGGCUGGUCCAGCGAUGACACUAGAGGUCGGGGGCCACCAUUUGAAAGGUGGCCAUCAGUAGACAGCUGGGCAACGGCACUAUCAGACUGGACUGGAAUCAUUGAGGCUUCACCAGAAGACAUCACAACUGUCUUUGCAGAGAUAGGGGCAGGGAUAGAUGCUCUAACACAGGCUUUAGAAGAGGCAAAUACCAACAUAGAGUCAGACGCACUGCGAGAAGGUCCGGAAACAACAGUGGAGGAAGAACGCCAGCAAACUAUGGGUGUACAGGAUCAGCAUCUAAAGACUCAAAACAUCUCAGAGAGCUCCAUCCAAGCUGAGCAAAGCGGUCUCUCUUUGUGCCUCAAAGCUGCAGGACCAGAACUCCUUGACGGAGGCUCCCAGAGGACCGAAUGCCCUUAUGAAUGGGAGGCAGGUGAUCUUCCAAGCUGCCAGGCAGAGUGCUCUUCAUCCAUGGGUCCAUCCUCUGGAAAUGGAGAUCAACCUGGCAUCCCUCCUGGAUUAUACAGUGUUGACGGAAAUGAGAUUCCACUGACCGCUGGAUCUACUUCUUCUGGUGAUGCAGAUCCUUCUCAGUUUAGUGGAUACAUCAAGUUCUUGGAGACAGAUAUUUCCGACCACAGUGAAGACGAUCAAAUUAUCCUGAAUAUAACAGAGGAUGCAGACUUGAACACACCUGCAGAGCUUGGUUUUGAAAAGCCAUUUGGAGAUCUACUGUGUCAAGUGACAGAUGAAUGUGGCCCCCUCCAGCUGGACUCUGUGGCCCUGCAGCAGCUUGAUUGUAGGGGAAACAAGACGACAGCAGAUCUCAGUUUCCUCACCAGAGACCGCGAGAUAAAGUCUGACCUGCCUGGUGUGGGCAAACAACCUGACCUGCAAACACACCCGCGAUCUAACACUUUAGGAGGCUUUGAUGGAGCAUUACUCGAGGAGCGACAUUUGGGGAGUCCUGAGUUUAUUGUGCCCUUAGCUCCACUCUGUACGGGUGCUUCCUUUGUUUGUCGGACAAACAGCAAUUUGGAGGCAAAUCAAAUCCAUACAAAACGGUCUGUCAAUGACAGUAUCAGUUGUCAUCACAUACUACACAACACACUUUCCCCAACCCCAGAUGGAAUUACUAUGGAGUCAUUUUUGAGAGGUCGUGAGAAGUUGAUUCAUAAAAGGCAGAAUAUAAUAAACACCACAAAGGAAUCUUCACUGGACCCACUGCAGGAGAUCCACACUGGUGACGCCACAAAGUUUUUCCUCCCUGCAAGACAAACGCCAACUGAGAGGAGCAGCAAUCUCAGUGGACAACCGGCAGACUUCACUCUUGACCCUGCUGACAAUUUAUUUAUAUCCAAGGAGAACCGUGUUGCAUACAUCACUUUAGAUUUGAAUGACCCAUUUGUCCCCAGGCCUGCAAAACCGGUCAAGACAGCUACAAAACCUAAGAAGGUAGAGCUGAACAUGCCUCACAGAACGCACAAGGACAGCAAAGCGCGCUCCAAAAAAGAGAAAUCAGCUGGUCAUCAUCAUCAUCAUCAUCAUGUACAAAGUUCCAAAAUGCCAGAAAGUCCUCAUCAUGUUUCUCCUCAGCAGAUAAGCAAACAGCAAGAAAGUCUUGCUACCACUGGAGAAAAUCAUACCAGUGACAACUGUCCUCCUGGGCUUGAGUCCAAGGAUGUACAACAGGUGAUUGAAACUGCUGUGAGGAAUGAAAAGAGUACAAGCAAGUACCAUGGCAAAAAGAAAAAGAAACAUGGACAAAACACAACAGUAAAGAGUGGAGGGGAGUCAUUGAUUGAUGUGGACAAUGGGACAAAGCCAAAGACUGCAAAGGGAAAGGUUGACAUGUUUGAGGCCAAGCUGGGCACUAAAGCUGGGAAAGUUCACAAGGAUAGUGAUCAGACUGAUGGCACUGAGAAAAGGAAUGAUAAACCAGAGGCUAAAGCGCCACAGGAGGAACAAGGUCAGCGUCACGCAGAUCACAAAGACCAGUCAAAAAAUCUCACCAAGCCUCUGAAUGACGACGUUAUCAAAAGGCGGCGCCUGUUUGGGGAUACGUUCGGGAAGAUUAUCAGCAACUUGGAGACUAAACUCCCAAAGACGGAUGCCUCCAUAACGGCAAAAGGAGAGGAGAGCCAAGCAAAUGUUGGAGCAGCUCGCAAGAAAGCCUACAGUGAGGCGGUCAAACAGAAAAUCCCACCAAGAGAAGAUAUCAAGGUGCUGCAGCCUAUUCAGGCAGAGUCUGUGAGCGGAGACCCCCAGAGUCUUUGCCUGUGGUGUCAGUUUGCUGCAGGAUCCUCGGACUACACUGUGACCUGGAGCAGAGAGGGGGCCGUCCUUGCAGAGACCAAGAGAAGUGGAGGAGAUGAGAGCAGAGUGUCUCUGACCAUCAGCAAGGCUGCUUGUAAAGAUCUGGGCAAGUACCAGUGUCGGCUCAGCAGCUCACACGGCUCUGUCAGCCUGGAUUACCUGCUCACGUAUGAAGUUCUCAGUGAGAUUGUCAUCCCCCAGUCUCCGAACAACGUUUCAUCUGCCCCUGAAGACGUGUGCAGGGAAGAAGAGGAUGUCCACUGUUCCAGGCUCCUGUUCAGAAAGGAUUUCCUGUCAGACCAAUACUUUGGAGAGAAACAUCCCAUCAGCAUCCUCACUGAAAAGAUUCACUUUGGAGAGGGGAUGCAUCGGCGGGCUUUCCGGACCAAGCUGCAGACGGGUCAGAUGCCCCUGUUAGUGUCAGGACACUCGUGUGUGCUCAAGGUGCACAACUCUAUCAGCUACGGGACCAAAAACAAUGACGAGCUCAUUCAGAAGAACUUCAGUUUGGCUGUGGAGGAGUGUCAGGUUCAGAAUACUGCGAGGGAGUACAUCCAAGCGUACACCGCUGCAGCUCAGUCUGUCGAAGCCUUCGGACACAUCCCGGAGAUCAUUCCCAUCUACCUGGUUCACCGCCCAUCCAACGACAUCCCCUACGCCACACUGGAAGAGGAGCUGAUUGGCGACUUUGUUAAGUAUUCAGUCAAGGAUGGCAAAGAGAUCAACCUGAGGAGACGGGACUCGGAGGCGGGACAGAAGUGUUGUGCUUUCCAGCACUGGGUCUACGAGAACACAGAGGGAAACCUGCUGGUCACUGACAUGCAAGGAGUCGGGAUGAGGCUUACUGAUGUGGGGAUUUCCACCUGCAAGAAAGGAUAUAAGGGAUUCAAAGGCAACUGCUCCACUUCCUUCAUUGACCAGUUCAAGGCAUUGCAUCAGUGCAACAAGUACUGUGAGAUCCUGGGGCUCACAUCCAUGCAGCCCAAGGCCAAAAAGCCCUCUGCUCCAAAAAAGAAACCACCGCCCUCUGCUGCACCCAAGAAGAAAACAUGUGGGCCACCAAUCAAAGGCAAAUCCUAAUGGAAGAAGAAUGUUGGAUUUAUGGUUUUAUUUUUCAUUUGAUUGGUGGGGACUGUCUUUACCUACUCUGGACACAACCAGCAGAUGUUUGAUCUGUACUGAAGGCCUUGGUUAGAAUUCAUCCUUUUUCUUCAAAAGUUCAAGGAAAACCUUGCGAUCACUUUAAGGAACGCAGAACAAGUUUGUCCCAGGUGGUGAACUAUAAUGUCUUAGCUUGAUUGAUGAGUUGCAAUGAUUUGCUUUCAUUUUUUUUUUACUUCUGUGAUGUUUUCAAAAGCUUGGUUCAUUACAUUAAUGGACGUAUUAUUUGAUUGAUUAGAAAAAGGGGCCCUGAAGUAGAGCGAGCGGGUGCUCCUGGUGUGAUUGGUUUGCCAGGUGGCAAAGAAGAUAAAUUAUUACAAUAGUUUAUUGAUUUAGUGAGGCCCUGGAUGAGCUCACUUUUAUAUAUUUUGGAAACAACACAAGGACAUUGUGUACACUUAGAGCUUAUGGAAACUUUGACCGUAUUUGAUGAAAAAUGUGACGAUUUCUUGAUUGCUUUUAGUUUUUCUUUACUGUAACAUUGAUUUUAAAUGUCUCUCAGCCAGUUUGGAGAGAUUGGAAGCUUGUGUGAUACAAGCGGACUAAAUGGACUAAGAAGAGGGGGGGUCGUGUGAGUCCCACAUCUUUUUAGUUACACAUAUGCCCUUUAUUAGAAAAUUGACCAAUUUAGCCUCACCAAAAACAAAAGUAGAGUCUUUUAAAAGACCAUAACCUGCAGCAGAGGUGGGUAGAGUAGCCAAAAAUUGUACUCAAGUAAAAGUACUGUAACUUCAGAAUAAUAUGACUCAAGUAGAAGUAAAAAGUAGUCAUCCAAAUAAUUACUUGAGUAAAAGUAAAAAACUACUUGGUGAAAAAACUACUCAAGUACUG